AUGGAAAAAAAUUUCGUAUUAAAGGUUCAUCAUCAUUCAUUAACAAAAUCGAAUAAAUGUGAUUUUAAACCAUUAUUACGUCGAGGGCACUUUAAUGAAAAUGCAGAUGCUUAUAAAAUUGCCAGUAUUCUUUAUGGUUUAGUUGUCUUUAUUGGUGGUGUAGCAUUUUCAAUUUCUCGUGCUAUUAUACCGCGUGAACAAGGAGAAAAUAUAAAAGAUUUAGCAGCAGUAUUAAAAAUAAAAAUUUAUUUUACAUAUCUUUAUUGGUUAUCAAUAAUUUGGAUUAUAUUUUGUAUUGCUGAUAUUGUUGGUCAUAAACGACAAUCAAAUAUUUAUUCAUCGAAAAUUAAUAGUUUAGAUUCAAAUCAUAUACAAAUGAAUAUGUUUGGAAAAAAUCGAAAUUUCAAAUAUUCUUCAACAUUUUCAAUUAAUGAAGAGACUAAUCAUUUUCAAGAUAAUCAUAAAAGAUCUAAAUCAUUAGAUAAUUCAUCAAUUUUUAUGGGUAAAUCUAUUAAUAUUUUAAUGAAACGACAAACUAUAGAUCAUACACAAAGAAAUAAUAUACAUCAUCAAAAAUAUCCUAGUGUUCAAAGAAUUAUUGGAUAUAAUUAUGAUGAUUAUUCAACAGCUGGUGGUCUUUAUAUUCGUGUCGGAAUCGGAAUUUUUUGUCUUGGUACAGUAAUACAUUCAGGUUUAUCAAUAUUAAGUUAUCUUGAGCAUCUUCCAUGUACACCAUGGACAGCUGUUAUGGAUGAUUUUUCACGAUUAUUAUUUAGUUUUGUUCAAUUUUUCUUUAUUUUUAAACAUUCAAAUUUAGUUAUUCGAGCACAUGAAAAUUUUGCACGAUUAGCUGUAAUGCAUGUUGUUGUAACCAAUUUAUGUGUAUGGUUUCGUAUGAUUGUUAGUGAAACAAAAUUUCAAAUACUCGAAAUGCAUGCUUAUGAAAUGGCCAAAGAACAUCAUAAUAAUGUUAGUAUUAAUAAUAACAACUUAAUAAAAAUUCGUCAAAGUCUAAUGAAUCGAUAUCAUUGUACACAAUCUACGGAUGAUUCUCUUCCAAUGACUGCUUUUAUCAAUGAAGGUUAUAUAAAAAUAAAACCACUUUUAUAUCCAUGUACAAUUGAAUUUAGUCUUAUGUGUUUAACAUUAUUUUUUAUCAUAUGGGAAAAUAUUGGUAAAACAUUUACUCAUAAAAUGUCGAAUAAAGCUUCAAGUAAAAAUGUUUUUAUGGUUAAUUGUCAUGCAUCAAUAAAAGGUUUAUUUGUUGGUAUGAUCAUAUUUUCAUGUACAGUCAUAUCAAUUAUACUUUAUGCUAUUUUGCAAAAUAAAAUCAGUGAUGAUAGAAAUUCAAUAUCAUCAUCAUUCAAUAUUGUUCAUACAACAACAAUAUCUUAUCAAAAUUAUUCAUUACUUACUCUUUCUACUCAUAGUCCAUUUACUUCAAUAUCAAAAACACCAAAAAAAAUUCUCUAUAGUAUAGCAAUUGUUGAAAUAGUUAAUUUAUGUUUAUUAAUUAUUUCUUUAUUUGCAACAAUAUGGGCAUUAAUAAAAAUUCGUAAAUUACAAUAUAGAAGAAUAACUACACGUUUUGAUAAUGUUUUAAUUAUUGUAUCAUUAGCAGGUAUUUAUUUAUAUUCAAUAUUUAGUGCAUUUGCUUUACUUAUUAAUAAAAAUUCAGUAACAUGGAUUGCUUAUGUUAAAAUAAUUAUUGUUAUUUUAGAAUUUAUUGAAGGUACUAUUCAUGCUUUUUUUAUACUUAUUGCUUUACGUAAACGUCUUAUACGAAAUAGUAAACAUGAAUAUCCAGCACGUGAAGUUAUGACAUUGUUAAUAAUAUUAGAUCUUAGUCUAUGGUUCGAAGAAACGACAACAACAACAAAACACGAAGCUAAUCCAUUUCAAUUAGCUUUCUAUCAUAUUGUACCAUGGUCAAUAAUAGCUGCUAUUGCCACACCACUUCAAAUUUUUUUUCGCUUUCAUGCAUCUGUAUGUCUUUCACAUGUUUGGGAAAAUAUGUAUACUCUACAGAGCUAUGAACCAAUUGCUCCACAUGGUUUAUGA